AGAGAAGAAGGAGGCUACUUAGGAACAAAGAUGGAAAUUUCAGAUGCUUUUAUACUGGAAAGAAUUACUGAUAAUUAAGAACCAUCCAAAAUUUAAAUGACUCACCUGGUUUGUAGUGGGUUAUUUGCUAGACUUAUUGACAUGUAGGUUAAAUGUCCACAUUUGUUAGCCUGUAGAAUGUAUUCUUGCCCAGAAAUGGGUUGGAUUUAGUGACUGUUGUGGUCCUUCUUCUAACCCAGAGAGUUUUAAAUUCUGUAAUAGGGGGUUUAAUUUUUUUAUUUUAAUAGUUGGUUUUGUAGUAGGUAAAUCUUUCACCUACACUUGUACUCAUUCUGCUUUCUAAUUUUCACUAGCAGGUCUUGUAUUUGGGGAAUGAAAUAAAAAUGAGAAACCACACAGUGAUCAAAGAGUUCAUCCUCCUGGGACUUUCUGAUGACCCUAAACUGAAAGUUGUGAUUUUUCUUUUUCUGCUUAUCACCUAUAUCUUAAGUAUUACUGGGAACCUCACCAUUAUCACCCUUACCCUGCUGGAUUCCCAUCUUCAGACACCCAUGUAUUUUUUCCUCCGGAAUUUUGCCUUCCUAGAAGUUUCUUUCACAACUGUUUGUAUUCCUCGAUUCCUGAGCACCAUUAUCACUGGAAACAAAACCAUUUCUUUUAACUGUUGUGCAGCUCAAUUAUUCUUUUUCAUUUUUAUGGGGGUAACUGAAUUUUACCUACUUACAGCUAUGUCCUAUGAUCGUUAUGUUGCUAUCUGCAAGCCCCUGCAUUAUACAACCAUCAUGAACAACAAAGUCUGCACCUGGCUUGUCUUCUGUGCUUGGCUAGGAGGAUUCCUUAUCAUUUUCCCACCACUUAUGCUUAUUGUACAGCUUGAUUAUUGUGGGUCCAAUGUCAUCGAUCACUUUGCCUGUGACUAUUUUCCCCUUUUACAGCUUUCUUGCUCAGACACACACAUCUUAGAAGUGAUUGGUUUUUACUGUGCUUUGGUGACUCUGUUAUUUACUUUAGCAUUAGUAAUUCUGUCCUAUAUGUAUAUCAUUAGGACAAUUUUGAGGAUCCCUUCUGCUAGUCAAAGGAAAAAAGCCUUUUCCACUUGUUCCUCUCACAUGAUUGUCAUUUCUAUCUCUUACGGCAGCUGCAUCUUUAUGUAUGUGAAUCCCUCAGCAAAAGAAAGAGCAUCAUUAACCAAAGGAGUAGCUAUUCUCAAUACUUCAGUUGCUCCCAUGCUGAACCCUUUCAUUUACACCCUAAGGAACCAACAAGUAAAACAAGCCUUCAAAGAUGUUUUUCAAAGGGUAGUGCUUUUCUCAAGAAGGUAAAAUGCUAUAUUGACAUCAGUAAGUCAUGAAUUCAUUGUCAUGGAGUUCUGGUACUCAUCAUAUUUUGUCCAGGUGUGUUAUAUU